UCAAUAGUUCUAUAUGGGACAAACUUUUUACAUUCAGUCAUAACAAAAUAUUUUUAGAGAAGAUUUCUUGAUUAAGAUAUGUACAUACAUUUUUUCAAUUCCACUUCCCUUUUUUAAUAUCAUUUCCUUUAAUACCUCCAAUAAUUCACAUUACAGAUCUAUAGAUUGGUAUUUUCUCAUUAUAUUCGUUGGUUCCCUGAAACAUAUGCAACCGACCAUUCACUAUUGGCAUUACUUCCAAUUCUACAGCUGCUACUCUAUUAAAAUAUCAUAUUUUGAUAAAAAAAUUUUAAAAAAUUUUCUAUAUAAUUUUCAAUAAUAUUCAUUCAUUAUAACUUUGCUCAAAUUAAUAUAAUUAUUAUCAGUCCUAUACAGUAGACAAACAGUCUAUGACGUCACAGCAUAUGAGUAGAAUUUUGCUUUUGUUUACGGUGCACUAAUGAAUAUAUCAUUAUAGCUUAUUAACCUUUAUUUACAAUUUAGAAUUCAUAUCAAACAAAUUUAAUAGUUGCAUAUUCACAAUUGAAUAAUUAAGUUAAAUAUUAAUGCACAUUGUCAAAAAUUUUUCGGUUGACAUUUGAGAAAUCCACCUAUCUUCUUUGACAUCUUGUCAUGAAUUUUCAGGCACCAAUCUGUCUAAUCAGUUGGUUGUUAACCUCUCACCUGAUCACAACCUUGUGCUAAUUCCGAGCAAGGAUGACAUACAUCCACAUGUGAUACAUUUUUAAUCUUAAGACAUCGACUUAUUGUCGAUUACUAUACAGCUCAUAAUGUAGCAAUAAUGUUAUUUUGAGGUUUUACACCUAUUCAAGUGGCUAGUUUCAAUUACUUGUACACUGGACGUUUACACUGAGGAUGGUCAGUUUGACCGAAAACGUUUUGUACAACCACUCCCUUGUGGAUGAAUUUUAAAAUUUUUUAAUAAAUUUAUAAUAUACCUAUAUACAACAGAAGUGUUUACUUCAUUCUACGUUGUCUUAACAAAGGUAUACAGCCAACUACAGGGUUUACCCUUUUAAUGUUUUAUUUAAUGACGAUAUGGUCAACUUGGCUCUUAAGUACUUGCGGCUAGCUACAAAGAGGAACAACACUAAAUUGGAUAUAUGGUUCAUAUCUCAAUGCCUUAAUCACAAAGUUAUUCCAAAUUUUUGCAGAGUAAAAACAUCAAAAAAUGUACCUCCAAACAUCAGGAGCUCACUACAAGUUAAAUUAAUGAAGAAGGAGAUAUGUAACCACUAUGGAAAAUUAAACUACCUCAACUGUCAACUUAAGGUAAUGUAUGAUUCUUUGCUCGAAAUAAUAGGUUUUAUCAAUAUUAAUAACUUUAUGUCAGAUGUUCAGGAUAAGGUGGAGAUUUCUAAUUCAAUUAAAUUUAAUAGAGUUAAUAACAAAUUAAUUAAACUUAUUCAAGCCAAAACUUUGCUCGAUCAAGCUUCAGAUGUCAGAGAUGUCAGAAAGUUUUCAGAUUUCAAAUUCCAUCCCCGUAUAAAGAACCUCACCAACAUUAAUUUUUCCAAAGACGAAAUACAAUUGCUCAACUACGGUCUUAAACACUCAGUCCCCAAAGAUUUUUCAAUCAAAGACAUAGAGAACCUUUCUAUCGAGACAGACAUAGUUAUCGAAAAUCUCUCCGUAACCCUUUCAGACAGAACAUCUAUCAGAAACUCUUGUUACCGCUUUCUCAACAAAUUCAAAACUAAAAUUGAUUCUUCCAAUAACUCUUCUUUCUCACAUAGUCUUUCUUCCAAAAAAGCCAACUCUUUUCUUAAGUCAUUAAAAUCAAUUAAACAAAAAAUUACAAACCAUCAAUUAAUUUUCAGUAAAGCAGACAAAGGUAACUGUCUUGUCAUCCUUGAACGUGACUUAUAUAACAACAAAGUCACAUCUUUCUUAGAGAGCAACCAUUUUACUUCUAUAACAGUAGAUCCUACAAAAAGAUUUAUCACUAAACUUAAAGACAACAUCAAACAAUUUUCUGAUUUUUUCACUGAAUUUGAUGCUCCAUACAGCAAAAUUCCUAGCAACCCUUUAGUUCCAAGGUUGUAUGGUUUGCCAAAAAUACACAAAGUUGACAUGCCUAUACGCCCCGUUGUUAGCUUCAUUAAUACUCCAGUUUCUAUCUUAUCUAAAUUUCUAUUAAAAACAAUAAAAAACUUAAUUAACUUCACUCCUCAAUUUUCAGUUUCUAACACUUACCAAUUGGUUGAAAAACUUCAACUCAUCAAUCUGAAUCCAAACAUUACUAUGCUUUCUUUUGAUGUUAGCAACCUAUUUACUUCAGUACCCAAAAAUGAAACAAUUAGUCUGGUAAAAACUCUCCUAAUCAAUAAGGUUAUUCAACCCCAUAUCAUUUCUUCGAUAAUAGAUAUUCUACAAAUUUGUCUAUCACAAGAUUUCUUUAUUUUUAACAAUAAUUUCUAUAAACAACCAGAUGGUUUAGCAAUGGGUAGUUGCUUAUCCCCCUUUCUAGCUGAUGUUUUUAUGGAUCAUUUAGAAUCCAAUUAUAUCAUGAAAAAUCCUGAAGUUCUACAUUGGUUCCGUUACGUAGAUGAUUGUCUCGUUUUUGUGGAUGGUCAGCAAGACUCAGCUAAUCACCUUUUAUUCAAAAUCAAUCAAAUCCAUCCCAAUAUCAAAUUUACUAUGGAACUAGAAUCAUCUAAUGCCAUUAAUUUUUUAGACCUUUCCAUUACCAGACUCAACAACCAGUUCAACUUUGGUAUUUACCGCAAGCCUACUCAAACUGAUCAUGUUAUCCAUUCUUCAUCCAACCACCCACUGUCUCAUAAAUAUUCUGCUUUUAGGAGUUUCAUCCAUAGACUACAUACACUACCUCUAUCUACAGCUGAAUUUAACAAGGAACUUAAUAUAAUCAAACAAAUAGCAGUCAACAAUGAUUACAACCCUAAUAUAAUCGACAAGCUCAUCCGGAAAAGAGAAUCCAAUCGUCUUCAGCAACUAGCUUACAAUUCAAACCCAGUCAUCACACCAAUCUAUAGGUCCCUACCUUUUCAUAAUACUGUCAUAUCUGAGAAGAUCAAACACAUUCUCUGUUCUUCGGACAAUGUCCACAUAUCAUUUAAAGUCAAUAACACUCUCAACAAAACAUUAUCUAACACUAAAGAUCCAAUCAACUUUAUGAAUCGUAGUGGUGUUUACAGAUUAUCUUGUUCCGAUUGUGAUGCCUCUUAUGUAGGAAGAACCUAUAGAUCACUGUCUACUAGAGCAGCAGAGCACACUAAACGUGACAAUACAUCAGCUUUCUCUCACCAUCUCAAAGUCAACAAACACCACCUUAACAUCCCAGAUGGUGUGACUUUGAUUCAUAACAUCCAAGAUAAGAAUACCCUUCGUUUAGACCUAUAUGAGGAUUUAGAGAUUGUCAGGGACGCAAGGACAAGUCCAAACUGUGUUAACCGUCAACUUUCUCUUAACCGUGAUUUCACCCCCAUUCAUAGACAAUUAUUUCCAUAAUUCUAUAUUUUUAUUCACCUUCACAUUGGCCUUCUUUCCUAUACAUACCACGACAAACCCAAAAUAAACAAAAAACCCAAACAUUAUACCUAAUCAAAUAUUCUUUUAGUACUUCCAGUUUCUUUCACUCUGUGCUCCUGUCAAGACUCUAUCUCU